AUGUCUAGCUUCGGUUGCUCAAUCAAAGACCACUUCGACUAUGUGGUUGGUACUUCGACCGUUCUGAUUUUUAUAGGUGGGCUAGUUGCAAUGGGGGUUUUCCUACUUCAGUGGGGGGCAAAGAAAGCUAUCCAGGAGUUCGAGAACACAGCUACUGGAACUUUCAGCAAGCAAAGAUCAAUAUUGUCCACAAUUAUCAACGAUGGCAGGUACGAUCCGUCAGCCAUUGAGAAAGCUUUCGAGAAAGCCUGUAGCACUCCAAUGAAGAUGUUCAAUCCGCUCAGAACUGAGAGCAAGGUCGCCGUUACGACUCCUGAAGUAAAGCGUUCUCUCGCUCGACUUAUCGCGAAUUACAAUGGGGGCAAGCGCCCGCCCACCCUAGGCUAUGAUGUUGAGCGUGCUCGUCAAGCCCAAGAUGAUGUUACCGUUGGGCAGGCGUAUUUUCCCCCUGUGAGCAUUGGAUCUAUGCUGGUGCAGGACGGUGGUAUCAAACAUAACAUGCCUGCAAAACUAGCAACCUGGGAUAUCAAAUACCUCCUUCUAUCCUUAGGGACCGGCAAUAUGCUUGAGACAUUAAGUAGCCCUCGAAUUCAAUCCGGUAUGUGGUCACCCAUGCUCGAGUCCACCAUCGUUGGACGAUUUGUGAAACGCCUUUGGAAGAUUCUUAUGGACAGCAUGGACGCUCAAGCUGCAUGGAUUGAAUUCUACAACUCAUUGCCUCUACAUCUACGACAUUGA